AUGGAAUCCUGUUCCCCCAAUAUGGGAAAACCACCCGGAAAUAUUUUUGAGAUAGCUAUAGUGUUAUUCACUCUAUAUGCUCUAAUUUACACUGCCAAAUCUCUUAUAAAGUCCCUGUUUCGAUUGUUGAUAGAGAUGAAGAUGAAGAUGAAGAUGAAGAUGAGGGCAAGGGUGGACAAGGACAUGAGAGAAAAGGUGGCAGCCGUGGAAAGCCUCCUCUGCUACUGCUUCAAGGACAAGAAACACCUCCAGGAGGCCUUGACCCACUCCUCCUAUAAAGAUUCCCCCUCCUACCAGCGCCUAGAGUUCGUGGGCGACGCCGCUCUCGGCCUUGCCAUUGCCGAGAAUGCCUUCCGUGUCUAUCCUAAACUCAUCCCUAAGAAAUUCUCUCUUCUCCGCGCAGCCAACGUCAAUUCCGAGAACCUCGCCCGCGUCGCCGUCCGCCACGAGCUCUAUCGCCACUUCCGUCACAAGGAACAUUCUUUUGAAGCCAGUAUUAGCAAGUUCGUCGUUGCAGUUGAAGGUGAAGACGAUAACGUUCCUAACUGUAAAUCAGUUAAAACGCCCAAGAUUUUGGCUGACAUUGUUGAAUCAGUUGCUGCAGCUGUUUACGUCGACUGUUCUUGA